AAGAAACAACAACUACGAAGUACAACCUUAAAACAUCAUAAAUAGUUAAAUACAAACCCGUUACAACACACACACUCUCUCUCGAGCGCACUUUAUACUGAAUAUCAACGGGUCGAUCUUUACAAUCGAGCACAGGCGAAUAUGACUUUAACUGUUUUAAAUGUCCAAACGGCAAAUCAACGUGCAAACUCGCACAAAAGUGACACGAUGUAUACGGCUACGUCAUCACCCGACAUAUCCUUAUGUGACAAUGUUAGCUUAGCCGAGAAAACUGAUCUUCUACCUAGCAACGCGAAGAUAGGUAUAAAAAAUAGCCGGAUAGAAUUUGCUACUACAGAGAAGGCAAUUCCUUUGCGUAUCAAGGACGAUAAUGGGAACGUUUUCAAGCCCAACACAGAAAUCCCUUUCAGCGUGGAAAAUGAGCACUGCGCUGGUAAGGCAAUACUUAAACUCAAGACCGAGCAGCCUUCCAAAUAUGAACCGUACUUUGCAGGAAAGAAACGCCAGUUUGAAAUACAAAUUCAGGGCAAGUUCAAAAAUGUUGGAGAAAAUGAUCGGGUGUACAUAGGUAUAGAGACAGACUCCGAAGUUAAGCUCAAUUUUUUGACGCGCACGUUCUCCAAGGUUAUCUUAAAGCUCAUACACGCGACCACCGCUAAUGUCAAUGCUACACUUGGUGAUAGAGAGUCGGCAGCUCAGAUGACUAUGCCAUUGCACUCCACCGUUGACAAAUUAGCAGUCACAAGGCCCAACGAGCAAACGCCAGAGAUGGGAGUGGCUGAGUUUCAAGAUGAUGUCAGCAUAGCAAAGUGUGAUAGACCGAAGUGUUUUACGUAUAAUACGGAGGACACAUAUUCGUUCAGUCAGCACGGCAUGUAUGUGAACCUUGUUAGUUGGAAACUGGUGAACUUGCCAGGACUGCCAGAUAUUUCGCUUAACAAGUUCUUAGGAGAAUCAAAGUUAUACUACGUCUGCUAUAUCUUGCCAGAGAAUCACACAGGUAAGCAUUUGUCGAAGGACAAGAAUUAUCUGUUCAGAUUCGAGCUAGAAAAUGACAACUCGUUGGCUUGCAAGAAGUAACAAGAAAUAGUUUAUACGACCUUUUAAUUGAGUUAAAUAAAAUCUAUAAUUCCAUG